AUGCCAAAGCUUGGAGUGAGACUUCGGUUCGGAAACAUUCUUUACUUCACAAGAGUCUCCCACCAAUCAGAGAAGUGGCUUGACACAGUAAACGUCUCCUUUCCUUUCAACCAUGACUGCCUCGUCGUUAUGGUGCCAAACUCUCCUCCGGUGGGCACCUCUCCGGCCGCCAUGGUGGGCCUCGUGGGUGCAGCUGCAGUCGUGUGCAUGCAUGAGAAGAGUUGGAUCUUCGCCGGCAGCCAUCAACUUCGGUGUGACCUUGUCCCACCAACAGCUUGCAUGGUAUCUUGUCGGAGGAACACCCCAGGUAUGGUUCUGUGUCUUCUCUGUCAUGGUUGGAACCUCAAACAUGGUUGGCUGUAUCUUAGGGGCACCGUCAAGUUCGCCGUCAGCUUCUCCUACAAAGAGCUUCGUUCAUAUCUUCUCCCACGGUAUGGUUCAUAUGUUGUUUUCCAUGGUUGCAACCUGAAGCUGGUUCUACUUGGUGUUGUACUCCAUGCAUGGUUGAGGUAA